AUGGCAAAGGACGUUGAAGUUGCAGAGCCUGGAGAGUCAGUGAAGGACUACCAGGACCCACCUCCAGCUCCAUUGAUUGAUUUUGAGGAGCUAGGACAGUGGUCGUUGUACAGGGCUCUUAUUGCAGAAUUCAUUGCCACCCUUCUCUUCCUUUAUGUCACAGUUCUGACUGUUAUUGGGUACCAAAGCCAAACUGACCCAGAAAAGGGCCAGGAUGCUUGUGGUGGUGUUGGCGUUCUUGGUAUUGCCUGGGCUUUUGGUGGCAUGAUUUUUAUCCUUGUUUACUGCACUGCCGGUAUCUCUGGAGGACACAUUAACCCAGCAGUGACCUUUGGUCUGUUCUUGGGACGCAAGGUAUCGCUCAUCCGGGCUGUUUUGUACAUGGUGGCACAGUGCUUGGGUGCAAUCUGCGGUUGUGGUUUGGUCAAGGGCUUCCAAAAGUCUUAUUACAAUCACUAUGGAGGUGGAGCCAACGAGCUGGCCUCAGGGUACAACAAGGGCACUGGAUUGGGUGCUGAGAUCAUUGGCACUUUUGUUCUUGUCUACACUGUCUUCUCUGCCACUGAUCCUAAGAGGAAUGCAAGAGACUCCCAUGUUCCUGUAUUGGCACCUCUCCCCAUUGGAUUUGCUGUGUUCAUGGUUCACCUUGCCACAAUCCCAAUUACUGGUACUGGCAUCAACCCUGCUAGGAGUUUCGGAGCUGCUGUCAUCUUUAACCAAGAUAAAGCCUGGGAUGACCAUUGGCUCUUCUGGGUUGGACCGUUCAUUGGAGCUGCCAUUGCUGCUUUCUACCACCAAUACAUUCUUAGAGCAGGAGCUAUUAAGGCUCUAGGAUCCUUCAGGAGCAAUGCUUAA